CUGAAUUUGGUAGAGGACGGACCGCCAGUUCAGUCAGGAAUUACUUCGUAUGUACUGCGGCUCAGAGAGCGUCUCGUCUCUUCGACUCCGUGAUCCGCAUAUUUUGCUGGAAGGGAGUGGACACGAUUCGUAGAUGUUCCGGAACGGCGCUGGGUGAGAGGACGCGGGACCCCUAUGUCAGAGUUUUAGGAUGGCCAGUGACGGCUCCAGUAUCCCCAGUCCUGUGGUGCGCCAGAUUGACAAGCAGUUCCUGAUCUGCAGCAUCUGCCUGGAUCGCUACGACAACCCCAAAGUCCUCCCGUGUCUGCAUACCUUCUGUGAAAGGUGCCUGCAGAACUACAUCCCGGCCCACAGCCUGACCCUGUCCUGCCCCGUCUGCCGCCAGACGUCCAUCCUGCCCGAGAAGGGCGUGUCCGCCCUGCAGAACAACUUCUUCAUCACCAACCUGAUGGACGUGCUGCAGAGGUCGCCCGGCGGCAGCAGCGAGGACUGCGCCGUGCUGGAGACGGUCACGGCCGUGGCCACCGGGCAGCCCCUGUCCUGCCCCAAUCACGGAGGCAAUGUGAUGGAGUUCUACUGCCCCCCGUGUGAGACAGCCAUGUGUCAGGAGUGCACGGGCGGGGAGCACGCGGAGCACGACACCGUCCCGCUGAAGGACGUGGUGGAGCAGCACAAAGCCUCCCUGCAGGAACAGCUCGAUGCCGUCAAACGCAGGCUGCCGGAGAUCGACUCGGCCCUGCAGGUCCUGUCGGAGAUCCUGCAGCAGCUGACCAAUCAGAAGUCGUCCAUCGAGGAGGACAUCCACGCCACCUUCGACGAGCUGCAGAAGACGCUGAACGUGCGGAAGAGCGUGCUGCUGAUGGAGCUGGAGGUGAACUACGGUCUCAAACAGAAGGUGCUCCAGGCCCAGCUGGACACCCUGCUGGAGGGCCAGGAGGGCAUCCACAGCAGCUGCAACUUCACGGAGCAGGCCCUGAGCCACGGCUCGGAGGCCGAGGUCCUGCUGGUGAAGAAACAGAUGAGCGAGCGGCUGAGCGAGCUGGCCAGCCAGGACUACCCGCUGCAGCCCGAGGAGAACGACCAGCUGGACUUCCUCAUCGAGACCGAGGGCCUGAAGAAGUCCAUCCAUAACCUGGGCACCAUCGUCACCACCAACGCCGUGGCCUACGAGACGGUGGCCAGCGGCGAGGGCCUGCGGCAGUGUGUGGUGGGCCACCCCACCUCCGUCACCAUCACCACCAAGGACAAGGACGGCGAGCUGUGCAAGACGGGCAACGCCUGCCUGACGGCCGAGAUCUGCACGCCCGACGGCAGCGUGGCCGACGGCGAGAUCCUGGACAACAAGAACGGCACCUACGAGUACCUGUACACCGUGCUGAAGGAGGGCAACUUCACCCUCUCACUGCGCCUCUACGACCAGCACAUCAAGGGCAGCCCCUUCAAGGUGAAGGUCACCAAGUCCGCCGACGUCUCGCCCACCACCGACGGCGCCAAGAAGCGGCUCAAGUCUCCGGGCAGCGGCCACGUCAAGCAGAAGGCCAUCAAGCGGCCGGCCAGCAUGUACAGCACGGGCAAGAGGAAAGAGAACCCCAUCGAGGACGACCUGAUCUUCAGAAUCGGGACAAAGGGACGAAAUAAAGGGGAAUUCACCAAUCUUCAGGGUGUAGCAGCAUCUUCAGUUGGCAAAAUUUUGAUAGCAGACAGUAACAAUCAGUGUGUUCAGAUCUUUUCCAAUGAUGGACAGUUUAAAAGUCGGUUUGGGGUGCGGGGUCGUUCUCCCGGGCAACUGCAGCGUCCAACGGGUGUGGCUGUCCACCCCAACGGUGACAUCAUCAUCGCCGACUAUGACAACAAGUGGGUCAGCAUCUUCUCCGGUGAUGGCAAGUUCAAGGCAAAGAUUGGCUCGGGGAAGCUGAUGGGGCCAAAGGGCGUGUCUGUCGACCGGAACGGCCACAUCAUCGUGGUGGACAACAAGGCCUGCUGCGUCUUCAUCUUCCAGCCCAACGGCAAGAUCGUCACCAAGUUCGGCAGCCGCGGGAACGGUGACAGGCAGUUUGCAGGACCUCACUUUGCUGCUGUGAACAGUAAUAAUGAAAUCAUCAUUACAGACUUCCAUAACCACUCUGUGAAGGUAUUUAACUCAGAGGGGGAGUUCCUGCUGAAAUUUGGGUCCAACGGUGAAGGGAACGGGCAGUUCAAUGCCCCAACGGGGGUGGCAGUCGACACUAAUGGCAAUAUCAUUGUGGCAGACUGGGGAAAUAGCCGGAUACAGGUGUUUGAUGGCAGUGGCUCCUUCCUGUCCUACAUCAACACAUCGGCAGACCCCCUGUACGGACCGCAGGGCCUGGCUCUCACGUCGGACGGCCAUGUUGUGGUCGCCGAUUCCGGGAACCACUGUUUUAAAGUGUACCGCUACCUUCAGUGACCCCCCCCCUCCCCAACCAAUCCCCA